GGAAAACCCUAGAAGACGGGUAUCACAUAUAUUAUAUUCUACCCUGCGACGUGGCGGCCGGCAAGUGGCUGGCGUUAGAUUCCAAGGGUUUAGGGUUCUUCGACGCGCUUGUAUGGCGGUGAGCGAUGCGCCUGGCGGGAAUGCGGGGGAUCGUCGCGAUUUCCUCGAGCGCUGGAGCGAUGGCGCUGCGGCGGCGCUGCGGCACGGCUGCUGGGAAUCCCGGGAGCGCUGGUGGGACGGAUGAUCCUCAGGGUUCCAGGCAGGAAAUCGAUCUCUUGUGGCGGCCAGAGGAGAGGAGCAUUGUGUUGCCUCAGCUGGAUCGGAGGAAUAUGGAAUAUCAGGAUAAGCUGGAGCUCGUUUGGGACAAGGUGCGUGACGUUCCUGGGCAUAGAGUUGCUUCCUACAUUAACUGGCUCGUGGAUAUGGGAGAGAUUGAUUCCAAACCCAUGGUUUUGUCGAUCAUCCGCAAGCUGACCAAGCGGCAAAAAUACAAGACGGCUCUAGAUGUUGGAAAUUGGCUGCUCUUCCAGAAAGCUUUCGAGAUCGAUGAUCGAGACUAUGUCCUCCAAGUGGAUUACUACGCGCACGUCGAUAUGUAUCUAGCCGAGAUGGCGUUUAACAGGCUUCCUGACGACAAGAAGACCGAGGAAGCUUACAACUAUAUACUGGCCGGGUAUGUGAGGAACAGGAUGCUCGAGAAGGCUGUGGUAGUCAUGGACAAGAUCAGAGAGCUGGGCCUCGUCUCUGCAUUCUCGUUGGAACAGAUGACGCUGCUCUUCCAUUAUCUGGGGCUCGAGCGUAGAAUCCCAGCGUUGGUGGUAGAAGCAAGGUCGCUCGGUCUUCACUUUCAUCCGCAUUUCCUCAACACUCACCUGUGGAUCAAACGUCGGCAUGGCGAUCUUUCUGGGAUGGAGGAGAUUGUCGAGGAGCUAGAGCUCAUGGGAAGGUCCAACGCAUGGACUUAUAUCUUUAUUGCCUCGGCGUACAUUCAAGCUGGUUUCCCCGAGAAGGCUCACGCAGCACUCGGAGCAGCGGAGGCAGGAAUUAGAAAUGGCCGCUUCAAGAAGCAACGCAAGGUGUACAACAAAAUUCUCCUCCUCUACGGCCUUUUGAAAGACAUGGAGGGGAUCGAAAGAGUGUGGGGAAUACUCAACAGCAGGCCUCUCGUAGCGGUGCACAACCAUCUUUUCAUGAUCGAGGCUCUUGGAAGCGCCGGAAACAUUGGAAGAGCUGAAGAGAUCUUUGAGGAACUAAGAAAGUGUCGUGGAGUACGUAAGGAGUACAGGCAGUUUAUCGUCAUGGCUGGAGCUUAUACCAAGAACGGGCUCAUGGACAAGGCGACCGAAGUACUCUAUGACUAUCCGGCAAAAUACAAAGCUCGACCGGUCCCUGAGCUCUACCACUACUUUAUCAAGGGUUAUAUCAAGCGAAACGAGAAGGACUGGGCCAUCGAGGCGUACGAAGAAGGCCAAAGCCUCGUCCGGUACAGGUCUACCAAGCUGUGGUAUGAAACCAUGCUGGAAGUUAUGAGCAUUUAUGCGGAGAGGGGUGAUGUUACCAGUGCUCUGGCGAUGUUUAAGCACUGCAAGGCUUGCAAGCACAGGGAUAUUCGGAUGUUUACACUCUUGUUCAAGACUUACGUGGUGGCCAAAGAACCUGCUCAUGGCUUGAUCAAGAGAAUGGUUAUGCUGGGAUUCGAGCCAAACGACGAGAUCCGGGAACUUAUACUACAGCUCAAGCCCAUAAGGAAACAGUUCGAGGAGGACCGGUUUGAGAGGAAAGUCUUUGGAAAGCCACACUUGCAAUGGUUAAGAUGGGAAGAUGAUGCGGUCAAGAGGAGAUGGUUUGGAAGAGGACCGCGCAGGAAAGUUAAACAGCUGCUUAGAAAAGUUAAUCGGUACUAUAAAAGGAAGAAGAGGGUCUGGUGCACGGAAGUUCACGAUGACCCCAGCCUGGACUAGUGUAUGCGAGGAAGUUAAAGAUUUCUUGUCGUCCUGGUAA